AUGUUCGGCACCCAGAAGAAGCGAAGUGCCACGCAAAAACAGUGCGAAGAAACGGCUAGCUAUCAACCUCCACGCCGAGUGUUCGACAAGAAUGAAACGAAAGAUUACCAGGAAAUUAAAGAAGCGCCCAACCUGAAAACGGAAAACAAACUAAAGCGCGAACAAACGGUACCCGCAAGUCUGAUGGACGCCGAAAAGACCAUCGGAGAGUUGGCCACGUCGACCAUAGGGUCUUACACGAACGCGCUGUGUUCUUUGCGGGACUAUUACAGCGUUGUGUACGAUUUGGUGGGCGAAUCGAUGACGAACGUGCCGCAUAAUACAUUGGUGAAGUUGAAAAACAAAGGAACCGACCGCGAACGGUACGUCCAGCAAGCCAUGGAAUCCGGCAAGCGGACGGUGAAAGCGAUCAAAGACAUGCAAGUGCUGUUGAUGGUGAACAGCGCCAAGUUGGAGCAAUCGAAAAUCGACUGGGUAAAACGAAACAUGCAGCAGACCCUCGAAGACAUCGACCGCGUCCGGUCCGAGUACGACGAAGAAAUGAAAAAGCUGUCGGUAUUCAACAGGGCCAUGGACAGAGUGAUCGACGCCAGGCAGUACUUCAAGGAAGAAAUCGAAAAGCUAUCGCCCGCCAUCGAUUUGAAAGGACGAGAUUUGCAAGUCUGUCAACAGGAAUUGGAUCAGUUGGUCGCGUACGUGGUGCGCAAAAUGUUUUACAACCAAAUGGAACUGGUCAAGGCGGAAACGGUGGAAGCGCACGAUUUAAAAUCGGCCGUAGAAUCCCUGCGGACCGACCCGCCGGUUGGCGUGGAAAAAGCCGUGGACGUGCAAAUGGCCAACCUGAAGCGAAAACUCACGGACGACCUGAUGAAAGAGGAGUACUUGGCCAACGUCAAGUGCGAAUCGGACGUCUGCCAGAAAAGCAAAGCGCUGAGGGAAAAGCACCUGUCGCAGGUGGAAGACGACAUCAGCAAGGCCGAGAGAGACGCCGAGAGGGACGUGCGAAUGAUGUUUUCCGAGCGUUCCGAGAGGAACAGGUUAGAGUUCCUGGAGAAAGUGGCCACCAUGAACGCCAAGUUGAACGGGAUCGACGACGCGCUAAAGGACCGCGCCGCCAGCGAGCAAGAGGUGGCCAAGUACCUGGAGCUGUGGACGGUGUGCCAGUCGCUGAACUCGGCUUUCAACAUGUACGAGCCGGCCAUGGCCAACGAAAAGCAUCUGAAACCUCUUAAGCACCCGGUGGAAGCGGUGAGAAAAGCCAGCAAAGGGAUGCCGGUGAUCUCAGACAUUUUGGACACCAUACCCGUGCGGGUGAUCGACCGCGGUGCGUUCCCCAAGGAAGUGUUGGUCAGCCGGUUUCACACGGUCGCGCAGAAAGCCCACAACAUGGGCUUGGUCAACACCGCGGAGCCCGGUCUGCUGGACGUGGCUUUGUCGCACUUGUUGAGCUUCUUCGUUCACAAAGAGCCGAAAGCCAUACCCAAAGCCGAAAUCCAAGACGCUCCGGUCGACGUCAGCAAGAUGAACACGUUCGACAUACUGCAGAGGGCCCGGUAUUGGAUGCGGAAAAACGAUUUCUUGAACGCCCUCAAGUACAUGAACCUGCUGGACGGCGGUGCCAGGAUAAUCGCCGACGAGUGGAUCGAAGAGAUGACCAACUACUUGGAGGCCAAGCAAGCCGUGGACGUGUUGUCGGCGUACGCUUUUGCUCGGGUCACGGCUUUCACGGAAAAAGUCGGUUGAAAAGAAAAAGCUGCGCUGCCUUGCAAUAGUAAUUGUGUCUAGUGUGGAGAACAAAAUUACAAGCUUACGGACAAUGUCUCUCUCCGUUUUCGCGCGUAUCUAUUUUCGUUGUUUUUAUAUACAUGAUACAAAAUAUGAGACUGGUUUAAUGCUAUUUUGAACAUAUGAUAUU